AUGGAUCUUCAAACAUCUCAUUUAGCUGCGGCACUAAUGUCUGGUCCAACGUAUAACAAUAUACCCGUCGAGGCAACACACGCUGUACCACCCAGUAGUUCGAAUGAUGAAGCCAAGAGUGAAAAGCCUCGUGACUCCGAGCAACCUAUCGAGGAGAAAGAAGAGGCCGCUAGUGGGGAAGACUUCACUGACGAGGAAAGUGAAGCACAGCCUGGCAAUAAGUCUAUACCUGGGAGAGGAGUUACACUACAGAUGCUUCUAGAGGACAAAAUGCUAGAACCUGGAAUAGCAGCUAUGACCAUUGAGUAUCUUGGUCAAAAGUUUGUUGGUGAUUUACAAUCAGAUGGUAAAAUAAAGUCUCAUGAAACUGAAACAAUAUUUUGUUCUCCAUCAGCAUGGGCAAUACACUGUAAAAGAAUUAUCAACCCAGAUAAAAGGUCAGGCUGUGGCUGGGCUUCCGUCAAAUAUAGAGGAAAGAAAUUGGAUACAAUAAAGGCUACUUAUCUUCGCAAAAAACAGUUGCAAAGAGAAAAUAUGCAUUCUGAUGAAGAGGUAGAAAUGGAAGUUGAAAAUCCUCCAGAACCUCCACCACAGAGAGUAGUUAUGAAACACAACACUGUACCCAACAGAAUGAUGCAACAUGAUGCCAACAUGUUAAUCGAAGCUAUAUCAUUUUCAUCAGCAGGGAAAAUCCAACCAUUCCUUGUGUCAGUCAGUUCAAAUGCUAGUCUUGUACUAGAUAUACAUUGUCACUUGAAGAAGGAAGAGGUUUAUGGAUAUCUAGCUGGAACUUGGGAUCUGAAUAGUCAUAAUCUAAUAAUAACACACACCUUCCCAUGUCUGAUUAGUAAAAAUGACAAUAGACCCAGAGUUUUAGUGGAAUAUGAGAUACAAAUGGAAAUAGAAAAACUGGGACUUCUACUGCUAGGCUGGUAUCAUUCACAUCCAACUAAUCCAGCCAUGCCAAGUUUGAGGGACUGUGAUAACCAGUUGGAGUAUCAGAUAAAAAUGAGAGGACCAAGUGAAAUAUCUUACAUACCAUGUAUUGGGGUUAUUUGCUCCCCGUAUAAUCCAGAGAGUCCAGUUUUAGAAUCAUCAUUAACAUUCUUUUGGGUUAUGCCUCCACCAGAACAAAGACCUACAGAAUAUCCACGACCUUUACUAUUGCAGUAUAACAUGGUGCAUGACAGCCAUUUAUCACCUCAUGCCAUGGAACAAAUACGGAAAAGCAUCAAGUACUAUUUUUUGUUUCCUGAUGAUACAUUUGUUGACUUUAAAGACAGCUUCAAACCAGAUAUCACAUACCUAGAUAAGUUAAAGUGCACCCUAACUGCCAAGUUUCCACGCGAGCAAAGUGAUGGUCUACUGUGGCAUUUUAUAACGGAUGAAUUAGGAUGUUCUUCUGAAAAUGAUGACAAGAUGGAUUUGGACGCAUUAUUGGCAGUUCCUCAACCAAUACCUGUAUCAAAGCCGAGUCAAUCCACAUCAGUACCUAACUUCUUGUCUGUUAGUACAUUGCAGCAGAUGGUCAGUCGGCCAGCAGGUGUUCCACCCAUAAAUGUCUCCUCUGGCAUCGGAUCUGGUUCUCCUCACAAAUUUGAAACACCACCGCUGAAUAUACCUGUACUACCCACAUCUAAAUCUACGUCUAAAUCAGCUACGCCCACACUUCCAUCCACAUAUCCAACUGGAUUAGAUAUGCUGACCAGUAUGGCUCUUGGCUUAGGUACGCCUAAUAUGCCUCUUCCAAUGGGUACUUCUAGCCUAGAAAGUUUAGCUGCAGCAAAUAGCAUGCUCACUGGACUUACACCUGGGAUGUCGUCUACUCUCGCGGCUAGUUUAUCCGGCAGUAAACUGCCUGACCCGCCAUCUUAUGCUGCCUCUCUCCAAAAUUUAACGAGCAGUAUUGGAAAUUAUGAUAAAACACCUAGUAGUACUUCCACAAGCACAUCAUCCAGUACUCCUAUACCAGCGAGUCUUGCUUCCAAUCUUAUGAUGAGUUCGGCAGAUAUUGCUAAUGCUCUGUUUUCUGCUAGUAAGUACUCUAGUGCAGGCAUAUUGGGAAUUCCAGAUCCUAUGUCGAAAUCUACAUUGGCGGCUAAUAAUAUGUUUUUAUCACCCUCUUUGAUCAAAAUGCAAGAAACUUUGAUGAAACCACUUUCUACUAGUAGUCCAAUAUCUACUAAAGCGGGAUUGGAUCAGAGUAUGUUAAUGAAGUCUCCUCACGACUUACUCAAAAACAGCGGCAAAGAUUAUUUACCACCUGAUUUCGGAAGUAUCGGUAAAGGAAAAUCGGAAAAUCCAUUGGAUGCUAUGAAAAUGUGUGAAACUAGCAGUUCUUCUAAAAUGGAAACUGUCAAAUCAGAUACAAUGGAUACAGCUACAGAUUUUAGUAUGCCAUCGCGAGUUGGUGGCGAGUCAUUUUUGAAUCAGAUGUUAGAAUUGACAAAAAAAACGACCAUGCCCGAUUAUUUAUCUGAUUAUAAUAAACCUUUAAAACUAUCCAAGCCGGAAGAUCUCACGACAUCUGUGCCGCCAUCGAGUCACCCUUAUAUGAAUACGUCGAGUAUUGUGGAUACUAUAGCGCAAGUGGCGAUGGGAAACUUUUCUAAGCACGAAGAACCUAAGGAUUAUGGAAAAGAUGUACAGGAUUAUAGUAAAGUAGCAUCCAAUGAGAGCGAGAACUGA